CUGUGAUUGAGUGUGGCAGAGGGAGAGAGAGAAGAGCCAGAGAAAAGAAAGAGAAAGGUUGAAGACAUGCAUUUAGGUUUGUUCUUGCAACGCGCACUGUGGCUCCAUACACUGCUGCAGGAAAUGGGCAAGGUUUUAUCAGCCAGACACAGCGUAUAUUGGAACAGCACAAAUCCAAGGUUCCUGGCUGGCGAUUACACAGUGAAGGUGUCGAUCAACGAUUACCUGGACAUCUUCUGCCCUCACUACCUUCGGGAAACCCCUCCGGAGCAGACGGAAUCAUUCCAGCUCUACAUGGUGGAUGCCGAGGGCUACGGAGGGUGCAGCACCAAGAGCAAAGCCUUCAAGCGCUGGGAAUGUAACCACCCCUAUGCUCCAUACGCCCCCGUCCGGUUCUCCGAGAAGAUUCAGCUCUUCACCCCCUUCACACUGGGCUUUGAGUUCCAACCUGGCGCAGACUAUUACUAUAUCUCCAUGCCCUCUCCAAAGGAUGAAAAGUGCCUCCGACUGAGAGUAUUGGUCUGCUGUACCACAACCUUGAAGCCAAUCACCCAGACACCGCAGGGACCUGCCAAAGAGAAGGUGCAGCAAGAUGCUUCCAAAUCCAAGGACACGGGAGGUGCAUCACAGUUGUACCCAGGACUGCUGCUCUGUCUACUGAGCUUGCUUUGCUCCUCCUGCCUCUCGUGGCUUUAGGGACAGUAGGUGUUCAGGUCACUCAUCGCCUGACUGACCUGGGAACGCUCUCCAAAUUUUGCCCUCCCUGGGCGCGCCUGUUCGAUCCCUCCCUUGAGAUGUUACUUUUAAUCCCAGAUCUUCCUGGCUUGGGCUCCUCCAACUCCAGUUCUGGGUGACACCGGAAAGAACUCAGCCAGAGAGGGAAGACGUAUCUCCGAGUUGCAAGCUUUCCUGCCGCCCGCUUAGCAGACUUUCAACAGUGGACAUCUUGAAGCCGAGGAGGUCCCAAUGUUUUGAACUAAUCCUCUCAACUAAAAUGAAAGGAAAGUAUUUAAGUUCCUGGUGCCUUGUUGCCCAAUUCCUCAAGGAAUGGCAUGCUCCGAGAGAGAUUUUUAACCACCUUCGACAUGUGAGGAUGUUGCGGGAUCUUAGAUGCCCAUCCCUGUGGCGGAGAUAGUUCCCAGAGAUCCGGGCUUCCACUGAAGGUCUCGAUUCAAAGAAAAGAUAGCCGUGUCGCUUCAAGAGGACCUGUUCUGCCGGUUCCUCGUCCGUGACCACCUUGGGGCAGGACAUUCCCUCCUCAUCCCUUGCUGACUCCGGAUUCUGCCCGACGCCGGCCCUGUUGGCUUAAAGCAGUGUGGACCAGGCUGCGAGAAGGUGGCGUUGCUGGAGGCCAUUGACAUCAAUAGGCCUGUCUUGGCUUCGGAAGCCUCGAAACCCCAGCUGCGAUUCAGGCGUGUUCACUCCGGCACCGAGAUUUCUCCGAGACAUCUGCACCCAAAGGAGUCUGGUUGCCUCUGGUGGAUAGAUCCGUGGUAAAACGAAGGAGGCCUGGCUGAGUAGGCCCCGUUUCCACGGCAACCUAAGGCGGGCCAAUCCAGUGACCCCUUACCCCGACAACCAGUCCGCCAACAUUCCCGCCAUUGGCCGAUGCCACCCCCCCCCCCGCCAGCCAAUCAGAAAGGAGAAAAGACUCGAAUUUUGCUGGUUGGAUGGCGAGCGUUGGUCGAGCUUCCUCAAGUGUCUCCCUCCCUCUUUUGCUUCCAAGGUCGUGACACACCCUCCUGUCUCCUCCAGCCCAGCUUGGUGGCCAAUCCUGGAGGGUUGAACCCCCACCCCCUCAACCCCGUCUCCCUCGAGUGAGGGGGUGCUGGCGACGGAGGGGGAAGUCUACACAGGUACUGCUUGCACCCGUACUUUCUAUGAAAGCUUUGCCUUUCGUCUUCUGAGAAGAUGUUCCACCCCUGCCGUGGGGAGAUGGUCUCCACCGCGGCGACUUUUGUAUCGGGUUCUUUUUGUUUUUAAAGGAUUUCAAUAAAGGAAAUU